AUGCCAAUUGCAAAUUCUCAUAUGUGCAUGUCAAAUCUAUUAGUACAGUGUCAAUCAAUAUCGUCUCUGGCGCUGACAGACCGUCCCACUUGUAGUGUCAAGAAUGUCCAGUCAAUAGCCGAAUCACAUUUUACCAGGACAGUAACCCAGGAUCAUUCUGGCCGAUUUGUGGUCCAAUUGCCAUUCAUACGUGAUCCUGAGGUAUUAGGUGAUUCAAAAUUUAUGGCGCAACAGCGUUUCUUCAACCUAGAGCGAAAGAUGAACCGAGAUCCUAUGCUAGCUCAAGAAUAUACAAAAUGCAUGGCUGAGUAUAUUAAAAUGGGUCAUAUGGAAGAGGCUGAAGACCUUCCUACUUAUUACCUGCCUCAUCAUACUGUGACCAAGAGUGACAGCCUAACCACAAAAACUCGUGUUGUGUUUGACGGCUCAGCAGUUACAAGAUCAGGCCUAAGUCUUAACGAUAUAUUGGUAUGUGGACCGCCGGUUCAACCUGAAUUGUUAUCCAUUGUACUACGAUUCCGUCUCUAUAGAUAUGCUUUGGUUGCGGACAUUGAGAAAAUGUAUCGCCAGGUCUGGGUUGCACCUUCAGACUGUGAUAUGCAGCGAAUAGUAUACCGGUCAAAUGCUGAUGAAAUAUUAAAGAGUUAUAGACUGCUCACUGUCACCUAUGGUACUAGAGCUGCAUCAUUACUAGCCACACGGUGUUUACUUGAGGCAAGUUAUAUGGUCAAAGAUGCAAAUGCUCAGCGUGCGAUGCAACAAGACUUCUACGUAGACGAUCUGUUGAGCGGCUGUCAGGGCGAAGAAGAAUGUUACAACCUGUCAGGGGCGUAG